UCCUCAAUCAAAUUAAAAUAGGCUACCAACCAUACCGUUUUUUUUGUUCACUUUGGGGUAUUGAUUGUCCUUGUGCGCAACGAUGCUGUCUCGACUCAACCAUUGUCGUGGUUGGAGAAUGUGUGUCCAGGGAAUAACGGGAACGGUGAUUCGCUAAAGCGGUCUAUUUGGCUGGUUGUAUGUAGCCUAUUAUCUGUGAAGCAGGCUGGAGUAUAUGGAGCAGGGUGACAGCCGGCGCCUCUCCAACUAUACACAGAUACCAAAAUAGGACAGCGGUGUGCCACAAAGGUCCUGAGAGCUAAUUUGAGGUUAGUGUCUGCGAGCGCCUGUUUCAGUCUAGAAAGCGCAAUUCAUGCCAUUAGACGGUGGAAAGCCACUAUGUCAGACAAAGGAAAAGGAAGCUACAUUUAUGACUUUUGUGACAUCGCCCAUCCAAAUGAACUAUUGGAUGCUCUGAGAGAGUUCUACCUAGGUGGCAUAUUCACCGACAUCACCCUACAAUGUGCCACGGGACAGGUAUUUUACUGUCACAAGGCAGCAUUGUCAGCCCGCAGCUCUUAUUUCAAAGUCAUGUUCACAGCCGACAUGAAGGAGCGGUCAAACAACCUCAUCAAACUGACAGGGAUUGAUUAUGACGUUCUGAGUGCUUUGGUGAACUACGUAUACACUUCCAGGGUGAACAUCACGGAGACAAAUGUACAGAGCCUGCUGGAGGCAGCAGACCUCUUACAGUUCAGCUCAGUGAAGAAGGCUUGCGAAGACUUCCUUAUACGCUUCCUGGAUGUGGACAACUGCCUGGGUAUGCACUCUUUUGCUGAGCUGCACAUCUGCCCUGAGCUGGAGCGGGAGGCACGGAGGGUAAUGCUCAGCAGGUUUGAGGACCUUCUACAGCAGGAGGAAUUCUUGGAGGUGGACUACGACAAGCUGAGUUCCGUCAUGUCUCUUAAGAACAUCAACGUAUGGAAGGAUGACGUUCUCUUGGAUGCGGUGGUCAAAUGGGUCACCUAUGACAUUGUUAACCGUAUUGAUCACGUUCAGGGCCUACUCUGUUGUGUCCAUCUUGAGCUGGAUGAGGUGUACUUCAAGACUGCCCUGGAUGGACAGAGGCAAUGCUUACUGGGCAAUGAGGGAAAAGUAAGGUCAUUGAUUAUCAGCGCAUUGAAGUCCAACUGCAAAGAGACUUCAGCGAGCAGGAAGAAAGUGUCCUCAAGCAUGUAUGUUAUUGGAGGGUACUACUGGCAUCCGCUCUGUGAAGUCCACAUAUGGGAUCCAAUAAGCAACACAUGGGUGCAAGGAAAAGACAUGCCUGACCAGACCAGAGAGAGCUAUAGUGUAUCUUUACUGGGGGCAAAUAUUUAUGUGACUGGGGGUUAUAUGACUGAGACUAUUGAAGCCCUGGACACAGUUUGGAUUUAUAAUGGUGAUUGUGAUGAAUGGACUGAGGGAUGUCCCAUGAUCACUGCCAGAUACUACCACUGUUCUGUGGCUUUACACGGCUGUAUCUAUGCCAUAGGAGGGUACAGAGGGGGAGCUAUACAACUUGAGACUGAAUUCUAUGACCCCUUAAAAAAGAAAUGGUUCCCUACAGCCAACAUGAUACAAGGUGUAGGAAAUGCCACUGCGUGUGUCAUGAAUGACACAAUCUAUGUGACCGGUGGCCACUAUGGAUCCAGAGGAAGCAGCACCUAUGAAAAAAUUCAGGCCUACAGGCCGGACAUAAAUGAAUGGAACAUUGUCACAAUCAGUCCUCAUCCAGAGUAUGGCCUGUGCUCUGUUUCUCUGAACAACAAACUGUACUUGGUGGGAGGACAGACUACGAUCACCGACUGCUACGACCCAGAGAGAGAUGAGUGGAGGCAGUUGUCAGUGAUGAAGGAGAGGAGGAUGGAGUGUGGUGCUGUAGUGAUCAAUGGCUGCAUCUAUGUGACCGGGGGAUAUUCCUAUUCAAAGGGGACGUAUCUGCAGAGCAUUGAAAAGUAUGACCCAGAGCUGGACACCUGGGAGGUUGUGGGAAGCCUCCCCAGCCCAGCAAGAACACACGGAUGCAUUUGCAUUUACAGUGUGUAGUGUCUUUUUAAUGUACUUUUACAACAAACAUCAACUAAAUCCCAUGGAUGCAGUUCCUUCGUGCCAUACGGCCCAUGAGUGGUAGGGGCUAUGUACAGUGCCUUGCGAAAGUAUUCGGCCCCCUUGAACUUUGCGACCUUUUGCCACAUUUCAGGCUUCAAACAUAAAGAUAUAAAACUGUAUUUUUUUGUGAAGAAUCAACAACAAGU